AAUCUUGGAGCUGCAGAGAUCUUCCAUCCUAACUUCCGUUUUCCCUCUCCUGAUUAUUUCCUUAGCCCAUGUGGAGAGUGAGGAGCAAUACAGUGAAACUCUGGAGAACUUUGGCAAUAACCACCUUUCUCAGAACAACCACGAACUUUCCACUGGCUUCCUCAACCUGGCUGUUUUCACCAGAGAAGUGACGGCUCUUUUCAAAAACCUGGUGCAGAAUCUGAACAAUAUUGUCUCCUUCCCUCUGGACAAUCUGUUGAAAGGGCAGCUGAAGGAUACUCGGCUGGAUUCCAAGAAGCAAAUUGAAAAGGCCUGGAAAGAUUAUGAGACCAAAGUAGCAAAGCUGGAGAAGGAGAAGGAGCGAGCCAAGAUAUCUGGAGUCAUCCAGACUGAACCAUCAGCCACUGAAAUCACCGAGGACCUGCAGAAGGAACGCCGUACUUUCCAGCUGCAGAUGUGCGAGUAUCUUCUGAAAGCCAAUGAAUGCCAAAUGAAGCAAGGGCCAGAUUUUCUGCAGAGUCUGAUCAAGUUUUAUCACGCGCAGCAUAAUUUCUUCCAAGAUGGCUGGAAGGCAUCUCAGAACCUCUACCCAUUCAUCGAAAAGCUAGCUGCCUCCUUACAUGCACUUCGCCAGGCUAAGGAAGAGGAGGUAAAGCAACUCACUCGGAUCCGUGAUUCCCUCCGAGGCAUCCUGCAGCUGGAAAACAAAGGGGAGAACCUCAACAGAAAGAACUCUGGCAGUGGGUAUAGCAUCCAUCAGCAUCAAGGCAAUAAGCAGUACGGGACCGAGAAGUCUGGUUUCUUGUAUAAGAAGAGCGAUGGAAUUCGGAAGGUGUGGCAGAAGAGGAAGUGUGGAGUGAAAUAUGGAUGUCUCACUAUUUCACACAGCACAAUAAACCGUCCUCCUGUAAAGUUAAAUCUGUUGACUUGCCAAGUGAGGCCUCAUCCAGAGGAUAAAAAGUCCUUUGAUCUUGUGACACACAAUCGGACAUACCACUUCCAAGCAGAAGAUGAGCAAGACUGCAUAGUGUGGGUGUCAGUGCUCCAGAACAGUAAGGAUGAAGCACUUAGCAAUGCUUUCAAGGGGGACCCAGGAGGCUGCGUGUCUUCAGCUGGAGGCAUGGCUGACAGCGGAUUGCAAGAACUCACCAAGCUUAUCAUCGACGAAGUGAAAAACAUGCCAGGAAACAGACGGUGCUGUGACUGUGGAGCCCCAGAUCCCACAUGGCUCUCCACCAACCUUGGCAUCCUGACAUGUAUCGAGUGCUCAGGGAUUCACCGUGAGUUAGGGGUGCACUAUUCCCGCAUCCAGUCUUUGACACUAGAUGUGCUCAGCACAUCGGAAUUGUUGCUGGCAGUCAGCAUUGGAAACGCCAAGUUUAAUGAAGUCAUGGAAGCCACCUUGCCAGGCCAGAACAACCCCAAACCUUCCUCCAGCAGCGAUAUGAUUUCCAGGAAGGAAUUCAUCAUGGCAAAGUAUAUGGAGCGCAAGUAUGUUCACAAAGCUGCCAAGGAAGAGCCUUACCGGCUCUGGGAAGCUAUUCGAAACAGGGAUCUCUUGGCACUGCUCCAGGCUUUUGCUGAAGGCCAUGAUCUCUCCAAACCUCUAGUGAACCCUGAAGGUCAGGAACAAGGCGAACAGGCCUUGCACUGGGCUGUGCGCUACGCCAACAAAACUUCCCUUCCAUUGGUGGAUUUCAUUAUUCAGAACGGGGGAAAUCUGGACCGACCCACUGCAGAUGGGAACACAGCCUUACACUAUGGAGUCCAGUAUAAUCAACCCAAUUGCAUCAAGUUGUUGCUGAAAGGGAAAGCUUCUACAAAUGCAGUAAAUGCAGCAGGUGAAACACCUCUGGAUAUGGCAAGAAGAUUCAAGCAUGCUGAGUGCAAAGACUUGCUGGAGCAGGCCCAGGCAGGGAGGUUGGCUAUGCAGAUGCACGUGGACUAUGACUGGGAAACGUCUCAGGAGUUCUCUUAUGACAGUGACGAUGAGCUGGAUGAAAAGGUGAGCCCACUGCAGCGAUCUUUUGGGUCCUCACCAUCUCCAACCACCGGCCAGUCCACUCUCUUUCCUUCAAGUCGGUGGGGCUGCUCUGGCAUGGAUAUCAGCAACAAGACCUACGAGACCAUUGUGAUCCCUUCACAGUCUGGUCAGCGAAGCUCAACCAGUGAGGAGAACCCCCCACCAUUGCCACUCAAAAAGCCUCCCAAAGGGAGUAGCAAACCAAAACUAGAUGCCUCUGAAUCACUGCCCCAUUCACCAGAUAGCCCCGAUAUUUGGAACUCAUCUAUUUCCAGCAUCCCUGGUGUGUUGGAUGGUGGCCCAUUCCGGCAACCACCCAACUUUCGUAAUUCUAUGGAAGUCAAAGGCACAGCCUACUGGGAAACCUGCUCCGAAGUCGAGGGUACAUCCCAACGGCGAAGAUCAGAGCCUACUCAGAUGACAGCCCUGCAGCCUUCCCCCAGAACCUCUCCUGAACCAGGACAAACGCCCCCAGUCAGGUUCAGCUCAGAGAGCACCAGAUCCUAUCGACGGAUUAGUAGCAGCUCGAUGGGUAAAUUUCCUGGCACCCCCCUUUCCCCGCAGAGCCCCAGUUGCCCAGAAGAAGCGCCUUUGUGCAAAACUGUGAUGCCCGGGCCCACACCUCUGCCUGUGCCAACACCAAGAAGAUUUGCUCCAGCCAAGGGACGGUUAAAGCGAGUCAAGGCUUUGGCUGACUGCAAGGGAGACAAGGCCCGGGAGUUGACUUUCUCCAAGGGUGAAGUAAUUGUAGUAACACGGGAAGAGGACGAGCAAAAUUGGGUUGGAUUCAUUGAAGGUGAUGGCACAAGGACAGGCGUCUUUCCCUCCAACUUUGUCCACCCACUGCAAGACUGAUGGGACCAAGUGUCUAGUCUUCUCUGAAAAGAUGAGCCAGCAUUAUCUGCUCUGUAGGGGGACAGGGUGUGCAAGCUUGCUAGAUCUCCAUCGAGCCUGCUCUUCAUGCGAUGCCAUCUCCUUAUUCAGCUCCAUGAUAGAGUUGCUGGGAAGAAACUGUGGAAUCUGGCUUUUGAGGCUCUUUUUAAUAGGCAGAAAGGGGAAGGGCAAUGGAUAAAAGACAUAUAUGUCAAUACGGCUUGAUGGACUACUUUUCAUUCUUUUAACUGAGGGGGAUCGUAUAUCACAUUCAUUGUGUAAUGUAGAGGCUCCACUACAAAACCAUCUCUUUUCUCCAUUUGGUCUAAUUCAGAUUGUUCUGUGCCUACUUUGAGGAGUUGAGGAAUGGAUCCAAGUUCCCCAGUGCAACAUUUGAUUUUAUACCAAUCUCAGUUUCCAUAAUGUCAACAGCCAUGAGGGAGCAGACGUAUUUAGAAAGCAGUUUUGAAAACAAAAAUGCAGGGAAUCAAUGCUGAAGAUUGUUUGGGAAGCCUUGGGAGGGGGGCAGGGCCACUGUAAUUCCUGCUCCAAUUGUAUGAGUCACCUUCAUGUUUUGUCCUUGGGGAAUUAAUUCAUCUACUGCAGAAUAUCUGCCUCUCUGCAAUACUGUAGAAGAUUCUGGAUUUUGUUUCAGUCUGGCUGAUCUUGUUAUUCUUAAGUCAAACUGAUCUCUACUCAACAGAGUCAAUUCUUGUUUUAUCAGAAUUUGUCCUGCUUCUAGGACAGCAUCCCCUUUAACAACUUCAUUUAAAAGAAAAAACCAAAAAGCCUUGUUGGGUAAAAAUUCCUGCUGUGCAAAAUUGUUUUAAAAAUGGUGGAGGCAAGACUAGUGUCUGAAAGGGACAAGGGGCCAUUUUAGAAAUCUGCAAAAAAUCUUUGGGUCACCACUUCAAGCUUGUUUGCAGUCCUCAGUUUUCAAUAUGUAGAAAUUUUGAAAUAUUUCAAUGGACUCUCAAGGAUGUAUGGAUAUUUUAAAAAGCACUGCUAUCCCAGGGUUCAUCAUCAUUGUUAGGACAAUAAUGGUUGGAUCUGGACUAAAUAAACUGAAUGUAGGUUUCCGUGAAAUGCAUGGGACAAGCUGGGCCCUGACUGGAUUCCCUCUGAAUUCACUGGGAGUGAAAUGCAACCCAUUUCAUUUGAAUUGAGUCUUUUUCAUGCAAUAGGCUCAGCUUCAUAGAACUUCAACUUUUCCCGAACUCUCCCUAUGUUCAAGGGGAUGGUGUGAGAGUUUUGGUUAAGUGAAAAAUCCAACAGAGAAAAUCCAGCUGUGAAAAGAUAACCAUCUGGCACGCACGAUAACCCAAACUCCAGUGCCAUCACUAGAGUAAGACUUCAAUUUUUUUUUAAAGUCUUUGUGUUUUUUAAAAUAAGGAUGCUAGUAACCACAAACACAUGUAUGUAUGCCACUUCAAAUGUUAGUUUUGAACAUGUGCAGCUGUCCCAAAGCUUUAGAUGUUAACCAAACUUAUUGGAAUGUAAGCAGACUUACAUCAUGCAAACUGCCAAUCUGGUCAUGAAGAAUUUCUAGCGCCUGCCCCUUUAGAGGUUAAAUCUCUUUGUCUCUCAGAUUUUUCCAAUCUGGUUUGACCAGUUUUAAAGAAUCAGAAUUUCAUCCUCCAUAUAGUUCCUUUUCAUUCACUACUGUGUGAACCUUUCAACGUCAGGUCUUGUGCAAAACGAGGCAGCCUGUAGGUUUAUUUGAAAUUUGCAAAAUUAAAAAAGAGAGAGAGAGAGAAAGCUGAGUAUGACACCCAGCAAAUGCUUGCUGAUUUUAAAACACAAAGAAGCUGAACCCAAGGUAUAACAUGAUCUCAAUAAACAUGAUGUUAAAAUUUUAUUUUUUUUAGCAGUGGCAACAAAUGGAGUUCCUUCAGUCUCCCUGGAUAAACAGUAAACAGGAACAUAUGGGGUGGACAGAAAAUUAGACUGAUAAAAGCCAUGCCUUAAGAACAGUGCCAUUUAAUCCCCAUUUUCUCCAGGACCUGUGAAUAACUGAAAUGGAAAAGUCUAGCAGUUCAGGUCCAUUUUCAAGCAAAAAAUGAAAACCUAUAGAAAUGCAUUUGCGGAUACUAAUAAUAGGUAGAAGGAAUCACGAAGCAAUAUUUUAAUGCUGAAAGGCAGAGGUGUGUCUGUGUACAAAUGUAUAUGUAACAAAACCUGGCUUGGGUUUUUCAGUUUGUUUACCUAAAGUUUUAGUUUCUUUAAAACAUUGGUGACUAGUCCUCUUAAGCAAAGAGGAAUGAGAAUGUAAGAAGGAAAUGGUAGUUCUUGGCAAGAUUUUUAAAUAAACAGGCAACUUUCUCUUU